AUGUUCUCCAAGUCCCUUCUCCUCUGGCCAGCGGUCGCGCUGGCCUCGGUUACCAUUGAAGAUCCCUCGGACGUGAUUGAUCCUUCGUGGUGGGCCGCGGACAAUGCCAUCAUUCCGGACUACAACAUUCCCUUUGUCGAGGUGCAGCCUUCGGAUAUUGUUGCAACUCAUCAUGUCAAAGGCAAGGCUGCGAGUGCAGACCAUACCAUCUGGUACGCGACAGCCAAUGAUAGCAGCGUACUCUUGGUUUCUGAAAAGGGGUCUUUCAAAGGCUCGUAUAUAACAUUUGACAAGAGUGGUUACUCGUCCAACCUGGACGAUGCCAGUUUCUGGGGCUUCAAUGCAGCGAUCAAUGUGGCCAAUGCCUCGACUGCGGCCUUCGAUCACAUCAAUGUCACUGUUCACAAUGGAGCUGCUGGUGUCUACGCCUACGGCACUGAUACCGUGGUCAACGUCACCAAUUCCUGGCUAUACUCCUCCGGACCCGUGAGCCAUGGCCUCUACGCUUCUGGAAAUGGGACCAUUUACGGCAGCAACCUUGAGGUUUAUUCCGGUGGCUAUCGCUCCUCCAGCUUCUCCGGCGAUUCCCCUGCCGGUUACGUAUAUGUGAAGGAUAGUGUAGCUCAUUCAUCCGGCAUUGGUUCCGCCACCUUCUACGCCCUAGGGUCUAUAGAUGCAAGCAAUGUCGUCAGUGUUUCGGAGAAAGGUCCUGUUAUCUUUUCGGACGGUUCACAGACUGCCACCCUGGUUGAUUGCGACUGUACAGCCGGACUGCUCGGUGGAGUCGCUAUGUUCAGCAGCCAGAUCAGAAACGACGCUGACAGCCCUGCCACCCUUAACCUAACAAAUACCAAGUUCACCACUACUGGCAAGACAAUGCCAGGCCUCUGGUUCGGCAACAUAAUCGGCCAGGUCACUCUCAACAACGCCGAACUAAAUACCGAUUCUGGAAUUCUAGUCGUUGCCAAUUACUCCCAGAUCACCCAGGACUUUGACUACUACGCCAGCUAUGAGGACAACAGCAGUCUCAAGCCCGCCGAGGUUACUGUUUCUGUUUCAGAGUCCGAUCUCGUCGGGGAUUUGGUUGCUUAUAAUGGCAGUUCCAUCAGUUGGACCUUGGCCAAACACAGUACCUGGACCGGCGCUGCUUACUCUGGCUACGCAAAGUCUACAUUCGAUGUUUCCCUGGACGCUACCAGUACAUGGACUCUAACGGCUGAUACCACGGUUCAAAACUUCACCGAUUCCCUUCGCACACUGAAGAAUGUUCAUUCCGGGGGGGUUCACCCUGUACUACAACUCGACCGUGAGCACCUGGCUGGGCGGAAAGACCGUUCGUCUUCCCGGCGGUGGCAAGGCUCGUCCUAUUUCCUCGACUGCCAGCCGUGUUCACCGCAAUGUUCAGUCGUGGUGAGUUUAGAUUGA